AGUCGUUCGCGUACCGUCGCGAGUGCUACAUCCGCACGUAGGGACUAGCGUCGCGUCAUCUUCUAUAUCUGAUAGCUUCCACGGAAAAACUUAUUUACGGUGAUAUGUUUCCAUUUUAUUGCAUUUUAUUUCUGAGCGCGGAGUAUGUGAUUUUUAUGUUGUGAUGAUCUUUUGUUUUUAUUAUUUGUGAUUAGUUUAUUUUUUUGAAGAUUUUGAUUUCGUAAGAAAACCGAAACCGAACCGAAGGCGGAAAAGGUCCUAUCCAGUCGAAGCGACUGGCUUAUGUAACAUUAAUUACUGUAGAGUAAAAACAUCACCAUUCCCAAAUCCAGACCUAACAAACCGAGAUGUACGCGGAAACGAAGAGAUAAGAACUAUAGAAAGGACAAGAGUCCCACAAUGUUUUCUCUAGCUGAAGGCUGUGGAUGCGUCAGCUUUCGAGGGAGUAGGCGCACCCGCUCUCUAGGAGACGAUUCGUCCUCGUGCCGCAGUUCCGAACUAGAACAGGAGGUGCCAAAGAAGUUGGGUCGAAAAGUUCUUAAUGGAGAAUGUACCAUAAAAGCAUUGGCACCUUUCUUGAAGUUUUGGAGGAGAGACGAUGUCAGCAUGACCAAGGCCGAAAGAACUAUGAAGGCAGCCAUAUUGAUCCAGCAGUGGUAUAGGCGGUACCUAGCAAGAAUGGAAGUGAGGAGGCGUUACACUUGGACCAUAUUUCAGAGCAUCGAAUAUGCCGGCGAGCAGGACCAAGUUAAAUUAUACAACUUUUUUAAUGCGCUGCUGAGUCACAUGAAGGACACUAGUGGGCGCCCUUCCUCCGAGCGGACGUCCCGCACAGCCUCAGUGUUAGAACAAGUGUUCUCCGAGGAAUCAGACGAAGGAGGGGGUGUAGACGAGACGGCGCCGUCAAAACCAUCGCACGGUCCUGAUAUAGAAUUCCCACUGCAGAGGAAAGACAUUGACCUUCUCAUCGAGGCUUUCCGAAAGAAAAAGCACCGCCUACAUCCAAAAUAUGUGGCACAGAUUCUGAAAGAAGCCACGCAAGCGUUAAAACGGAUGCCCAACAUCAAUGUUGCCACCACUUCAAUUUCCAGCCAAAUUACGGUCUGCGGCGAUCUGCACGGGAAGCUUGACGAUUUAUUGGUCAUAUUUCACAAGAACGGGCUGCCAUCACCUGAGAACCCUUACAUAUUCAACGGGGACUUCGUGGAUCGCGGCAAAAAGGGCUUAGAAGUAUUCCUUUUACUGCUGGCGUGCAUGUUAGCCUUCCCCGGUGGAGUAUACCUCAAUCGAGGUAACCACGAAGACCUCAUUAUGAAUUCCAGGUACGGCUUCAUUAAAGAAGUUCAUCAGAAAUAUAGGCAUAAUGCAGAGCGUCUAUUGAAGCUUAUAGAGUGCGUCUACCGUUGGCUUCCAUUGGGUACAAUAAUUAACAAUCGUGUUUUUGUCGUCCACGGAGGUAUAUCUGAUACUACUGAUUUAGACAUGAUACGAAGCUUGGAAAGAGAUAAGUACGUGUCGCUGUUACGUCCACCGGUGACCGAAAACGCUACGGGCAGUGAAGUGAUAGACAAGGUGGAAUGGAAACAGGUAUUCGACAUCCUGUGGUCGGACCCGCAGUGCAUUGGUGGGUGCGUGGCGAACGCUUUGAGAGGUGCCGGCACAUACUUUGGCCCAGACGUCACCGCUUCAUUCUUGCAGAAAAAUAAGCUUAGCUUUAUCGUCCGUAGCCACGAGUGCAAGCCCGGUGGGUACGAGAUACUGCACAACGGAAAUGUGAUAACAAUAUUCUCUGCUUCCAACUAUUACGAACUGGGCUCCAACAAGGGAGCUUACUUGAAGUUACGAGGCAACUCCUUAGAGCGUCAGUUCGUGCAAUACACCGCAGCCGUGUCCCGCACGCGUCGUUUGACGUUCCGCCAGAGAGUUGGCUUGGUGGAAUCUUCAGCUAUGCGAGAACUCCACAACCAGAUUGUGAUCGCACGGAGAUCCUUGGAGGCUACCUUCAGGAGCAUGGACUUGGACCAAAGCGGUUACAUAUCUGUGGGAGAUUGGUGCCAGGCAAUGGAAGAGACUACUCGUCUAGGGCUGCCAUGGCGAAUGCUCAAGGAUAAAUUGGUUCAUACCGACCCUGAUACCCGUCGAGUCCGCUACAUGGAUACCUUCGAUCUCAAUUCCAAUAGGAUUGGAAGAAAAGCUGAUACACAAACAGUAGUGGAAACUCUCUAUAAAAACAAAAGAAGCUUAGAAGCUAUUUUCAAAAUUUUGGAUAAAGAUAAUUCUGGCUAUAUAACACUGGAGGAAUUUUCCGAAGCUUGCCAACUGCUGGGCAAGUACAUGCCCAAUCCGAUGACACAGGAGCAACUUGUUGACAUUUGUAGACUUAUGGACAUCAACAAGGAUGGGCUGGUCGAUCUCAACGAAUUCCUAGAGAGUUUCAGAUUAGCGGAGAAAAGCCUCCAAGACGAAGAUUAUGGGGAUAUAGAGGCCACCUGACAGGAACUUGACCGUCGUCCGAGUAGGACGGCGGUCGAUAAAGAUGAGAUCGGUGUCGAAAUGGAAAUUCUGAGAAUAC